CUCUCUCGUUCUUUUCCGGCUGUCCCACUCGUCGGUGGCUGUCAGGGCGUACAGUGGAUCGGACCUUUACUGGUCCGGAGAACGUCCAUCAACAGCAAUGGGGCGGACACCCACUUUUUUUUUUUUUACUUUAUUUUCGUUAGGCCUUUGAUUGCGGAGCACAAAUCAUUGGCCACACAAUCUCGACACAUGUUUUCUGUACCUUUUUCCAAUUGCUCCGGCACCCACGCCCACACCCACACAGCUCCAUAACCUUCUUUCUUACUCUUCACGAAUGAGAGGAAUGAAUGCGUAUAAAAGGGCCUCAGGUCCCUCAUUCGCUUCUCUCUUCUCAUUGCUCUUUUCCCCUCCCACCUUGCGGCACCUCCAUACUCCAACUCGCCCCUGCCCCCUUGCUCUUUUGCACACUCGCUCUCUCCACUCUCACCGCCGACACUGCAAGCACCCCUCUCUCACCAUGAAAACAUUCGCUUCCACGAUCGCCAAGGUCUUCUACGGCGCUCUCAUUCACUCCCUUUCCAUCAAGGAAAUCGAAUACAUCAAGCAGGGUCUACUCUUUAUUGACAACCAGGGCAAGAUUGCUAAGCUGGUCAAGGACGUCUCCCAGGACAAGGUCGAGGCUGCCCUUGAGGGCGUGGAUAGAGAGAAGGUCGUCCACUUGACUGAGGAUCAGUUCAUCAUCCCCGGAUUCGUCGACACCCAUAUCCACGCUCCCCAGUACACAUUCUGUGGAAACGGACAUGAUUUGCCUCUGCUCGAAUGGCUCGACACCUACACCUUCCCACGCGAGUCCAAGUUCGCAGAUAAGGACUAUGCUCGCAAGCUCUACACCAAAUCUGUCGCCCGCUCGCUCCGCAACGGCACCACCUCUGCCUGCUGGUUUGCGACCAUCCACCUUGAAGCCUGCAAGGAGCUCGUCAGCAUCAUUCAGGAGCAGGGUCAGCGCGCCUACGUCGGCAAGGUCAACAUGAACCAGAACUCGCCCGAUUUCUUGGUCGAGACUACCGAGUCCUCGGUCCGGGACACCCGUGCCUUCAUCGAGUAUGUCAAGGACGUCAACGCCCAGUUAGACCACAAGCCCUUGGUCACACCCAUCAUCACCCCUCGUUUCGCCAUCUCCUGCACAUCCGACUUGCUCACUGAGCUCGGCAAGCUGGCCAAGGAAUACGAUCUUCCCAUCCAAUCCCAUCUGUGCGAGAACCUGAACGAGAUCGGCUUCACCAUGUCGCUGUUCCCCAACUCGGUGAAUUACACCUCCGUCUAUGCCGAUCAUGGCCUCUUGAACGACCGCACCAUCAUGGCCCACUGUGUCCACAUGAAGGAUGAAGAGCUCGAUCUGAUGAAGGAGAAGAACGCCGGUAUCUCGCACUGCGCCAACUCCAACCUGAACCUCAAGUCUGGUUUGGCCGACGUCCGCAAGAUGCUCAACAAGGAUAUCAAGGUCGGACUCGGCACAGAUGUCGCCGGUGGCUACUCUCCCUCGAUCCUCGAGGCCCUUCGUGCUUCGCGCUCUGUUUCCGUUGCCAGGGAUGCAGAGACCACCUUGGUCGUCGCUGAAUUGUUCUACCUCGCCACCAUGGGAGGUGCCCGCGUGAUGGAACUCCAAGACACGAUCGGAAACUUCGAGGUCGGUAAGGAGUUCGACGCCAUCCUUGUCAACACCUCGGUCGAGAACUCGCCCGUCGAUGUCUUUGACCACGACUGCAUCGAGACACAGUUCGAGAAGUACCUGUUCGUCGGUGACGACCGCAACAACGAGAAGAUCUUUGUCCAGGGCAAGGAAGUUCGUCUCCCCGGCUCGACCGUCGCUUCGCGCAAGUAAAAAAAGCGACAUUUUAUAUCCCCAUAAAAUGAUGGAUGUGGAUAGAGGAGGAGGAUGAAAUGGUGGGAAACGCACAAAACACACCGCCCUUUCGUCUCGUAUAUAUUUAACCAUGAAAAUAUGUGCUGCAGUUUCCAUGGCGCCUCUUUUUUUUUUUUUUAUUUCUUUUCUGGCUUGAGGGUGCAAUCUAAUCCGCUGGCAGGAGGUGUGAUCUUGCGGACAAAACUAUACCCAUUACUAGAGAGAGGGAAGAGAAAAGGAAGGAGAAAACAGGAAUUGGAAACCAAGAAGAAAGUGUUUAAAAAACCCAAGUGUACCUAUUUUUUGUAAUAAUAUAUAUAUUCGGCAAUAAACGAUUUAUUUUUUGACAAUGAA